GCUUGCUGAUACCGGCGAAUGAGUUAGCAACUUCGUUGGUAGAGUGAUGAAAUUGUGUGAGCUAAUCUUUGCUACACGAUCGAACUGAAGUGAUUGCCGAGCUAUUACAUAACCAUAACUGUACGUGGACAGUUCUGUUAGAGUAAACGAUAAAUUUUCAGGAUGCCUGUCCCAGAUUUGCAGAAACCUGCUCCCCAGUUUACAUCUACAGCUGUUGUAAAUGGGCAAUUCAAGGAUAUCUCCCUUAGUGACUACAAAGGGAAAUAUGUCGUGCUUUUCUUUUACCCCCUUGAUUUUACAUUUGUCUGCCCUACUGAGAUAAUCGCAUUUUCUGACCGUGCAGCCGAGUUUAAAAAUAUUGGCUGUGAAGUACUUGCAGCUUCUACUGAUAGUCACUUUUCUCACCUUGCUUGGGUGAAUACGCCACGCAAGAAAGGGGGGCUCGGAGAGAUGAACAUUCCUCUUAUUGCCGACAAGGCUGGAAAGUUGGCCAGACAGUAUGGUGUAUACAAUGAGGAGACUGGCGUUCCAUUUCGUGGGCUGUUUAUUAUUGACGGGAAACAGAAUCUGAGGCAGAUAACUGUGAAUGAUCUUCCUGUUGGACGGUCUGUGGACGAGACUUUGCGUCUUGUACAAGCAUUCCAGUUCACAGAUGUGAAUGGAGAGGUCUGUCCAGCAAAUUGGCGACCAGGCAGCAAAACCAUGAAACCUGAUCCUGCUGCCAGCCUUGAAUACUUCAGCCAUAUAGAAUAAGUGUUUUCUGUGGGUAGAUGUGAAUGAAAGAACUUAGUUAUUUACAAAAGAAUGUGUGUUCAAAGUGUUAGUUUUGCUUUGUAAAAUUGUGUUACACAUGGCUUUGAAAUUAUUUCAUAUUUGAUUGUUCGAUAACCAAGCCUCUCUGUCUUCCCGCAGCUCGACAUAAAAUGUAAAAGUACGAGAUUAAUAACACUAUAGUGAAAGCUUGGAAGUAUCCUCUUGAAUCAUAUUUUGAAUUUUUGAGAACUUGCUAAGUAUAUUUGGAAACAUUAUCUGUGUUGUAUGUAAAAUUAUACAAGUUGCAUGUUUGUAAUGUGGUCCCGUUUUUAUGAAUAAGGAUUUGUGUAACACAGUUCAUAUUUAGUUUGAUGCAUUCUUUCAUAUAAUUACAUGUCAGAAUAAGAAGUAACAUUACAUUUUCAGUGACUAAAUCAGUCUUAUCCUUCUCAGUUUGUGUUCUUGUAUGUUCUAAUUUAAAAUUAAAUGUGUAUUGGAUAUGAUGGUGUUUUUUUGACUCUGUAUGAUAAUUCUUGUGUAGAAAUAAAUGCUGUUUGAAUCCAA